UAUCUCGUCCCACACCCUGCUUCAAUAUCUGAGUCAGUGAGCCACGAGCCGAAGCCAUGUCAGAAACUAGCGACACAAUUUGAGUAUUUAAAAUUUAGAUGUUUAGUGAUCAUUUCGUGAAAGUCGUGUGUCAGCUGCGGGGGGCUGCUACACCGGAGCUGUGUCAGCAGUAGCAGGUCACACACACACACGCACACACACACACACACACGGUCAAGACGCAGGCAGAAAGGGAGCCGUUUCCACCAGCCUGUUGGAGUACUCAAUAUUUUAGCGGAAAGUCACCGUCGCACCACCGUCUGAGGUCGAGUUAGUACAAGCCUUGUGGUUCAAACUUGCAGCAUCAGCAGCGAAGUGAGCCGCCUGCCUCUCUGCUGCCAGCCGGUUAGCUAGGAGCAGCUAAUCUAGUUUCGCUAGCUAGCUGUUGGCAGCCUGGCUACCCGGGGAGAGUUUUUCUAAGAUGAGGCUGAAAGUAGGAUUUCUACUCCGGAGUUUGCUCGUCAUUGGGACUUUUCUUGGCUUGUUGGUGCUCUGGUCUUCUCUGUCGCCGAAGCCCGACGACGAAAACCCCUUUGGAAAACAGGAUGAGCUGCCCAAAGGAGACUUAGCAGAUCAGUUUAAGCCUGUAGUGCCCUGGCCUCAUGUUGAAGGGGUGGAGGUCGACCUCGGCUCCAUCAGACUCAAACGCGGAGGAGCCAACAAUCCCCAAAAACCUGACGAGCAGCCCAACCAGAAGCAGGUGAUCCAGCAGCAGUAUGUGACAUUUAAACCUCACACACAAGCCUACACCAGCCCCGUCCUGAAGAAGGGUAUUCUGGGAAACUUUGAGCCCAAGGAACCUGAGCCUCCAGGGGUCCCUGGCGGUCCCGGAGAGGGAGCCAAGCCUUUUGUUCUGGGUCCGGAGUACAAAGACUCCAUCCAGGCUUCCAUCAAAGAGUUUGGCUUCAACAUGGUCGCUAGUGACAUGAUCUCGUUGGACAGAACCAUCAGUGAUAUACGUCAUGAAGAGUGUAAAUACUGGCAUUAUGAUGACAGACUGAUGACUUCCAGUGUGGUGAUAGUCUUUCAUAACGAAGGCUGGUCGACACUGAUGAGAACCGUCCACAGUGUCAUCAAGAGGACUCCCAGGAAGUACCUGGCCGAGAUAGUCAUGAUAGAUGAUUUCAGCAACAAAGCCCAUCUGAAAGAGCGUUUGGAGGAGUACAUCAAACAGUGGAAUGGUCUCGUGAAACUCUUCAGAAAUGAGAAGAGAGAAGGACUGAUCCAGGCCAGAAGUAUAGGAGCCAAAAAGGCCACUAAAGGACAGGUGCUGAUCUAUCUGGAUGCUCAUUGUGAGGUUGGAAUCAACUGGUAUGCUCCACUGGUCGCUCCGAUUUCAAAAGACAGGACAGUAUGUACAGUACCACUGAUAGACUAUAUAGACGGUAAUGAGUACACUAUGGAGCCCCAGCAGGGUGGCGAUGAGGACGGUCUGGCUAGAGGAGCAUGGGAUUGGAGCCUGCUCUGGAAGAGAGUACCGCUUAGCCAGAGAGAGAAGGCCAAAAGAAAACAUACCACGCAGCCUUACCGGUCUCCAGCCAUGGCGGGCGGUCUCUUUGCUAUAGAGAGAGACUUUUUCUUUGAGCUGGGUCUGUAUGACCCCGGACUGCAGAUAUGGGGAGGAGAGAAUUUUGAAAUAUCAUACAAGAUCUGGCAGUGUGGUGGCCAGCUGCUCUUUGUUCCCUGUUCCCGGGUCGGUCAUAUCUACAGGCUGCAGGGAUGGCAAGGCAACCCGCCACCUGCACAUGUUGGCUCAUCACCCACUCUGAAGAACUAUGUUCGUGUGGUGGAGGUAUGGUGGGAUGACUAUAAGGACUAUUUCUAUGCCAGUCGUCCUGAAACUCUCACUCUCGCCUACGGCGACAUCAGUGAGCUCAAACGCUUCAGGGAGGAACAUCGAUGCAAGAGCUUCAAGUGGUUCAUGGAGGAAAUAGCGUAUGACAUUCCAAUGCACUAUCCUCUGCCCCCGAAAAAUGUGGAAUGGGGAGAGAUUCGAGGCUUUGAGACAAGUUACUGUAUUGACAGUAUGGGACACACCAAUGGAGGCAAUGUGGAAAUAGGACCGUGCCACAGGAUGGGUGGCAACCAGUUGUUCCGUAUUAAUGAAGCCAGCCAGUUGAUGCAAUAUGACCAGUGCCUGACCAGAGGGAGUGACAAUUCAGCUGUCAUCAUUACACACUGUGAUCAAAACCAGCACACCGAGUGGAAGUACUUCAAGAGUCUCCAUCGGUUCACUCAUGUACCAACAGGGAAAUGUCUGGACCGCUCCGACCUGCUCCACAAGGUCUUUAUAUCAGACUGUGACACCAGUAAAACCACUCAGAAAUGGGAGAUGAACAACAUAGUGGCUGUCUGAAGACUAAACAACUCGCACAAAGGAAACCACUGAGAGCUCAGAGAGAAACAUGGUGACUGUAUGAGGAUACACACACACACACAGACACACACAUACACACACUCCAAGAAACACAUCCAUACCAUAAGUUUACAGAUCCAUCAAGCUGAUACUGUCCUUUAAAGAAAUAAUGUUUUGAAAUGAGCCAGUCAGUGUCAAUUUAACGAUACUGAGUAUUACCAGCUUCAACCCAAAACUGUCGGUUGGUUCAUGCGGUCAUGCAUUACACAGACACUCCAGAUUGAAGAAGAAGAACUGGUUUGUAUGGAGGCUGAAGCUACUGGUCCUCCGAGCGACCUGGUGGACAAACACUGAACUGGAAACAUCUUGAUCUCCGUCUGUCUCUGUCUUUCAUUGUGGUUUUGUUUACACUUUCUCUCUAUCUGUUCUUUUGGGCUCUCAGGUCUUUUCUAAACCACUAUGUAAUCACAUCAACUCCAACUAUUGAACAGUCACACUCCUAGUAGACAUUUUCAAUCACUCUGAUUAGCUCUCCUACCAAAGACUCCUUUUUAUUGGUGGAGGAUUCAAUAAUGCUUGCUUUUGUCUGUAAGUCAAGUUAACCCUUUGACAUCUGAGCGAGAUAGCUUGAUUUCUUUCAAAAACACGGGAGAAAUGGCCCAAAAAUUA